AUGUCCAAAGACAUUGGAAAGCGUAUUGUAAGGAUGUUAUCUAGGAAGGAGAUCGCAAAUGGGGGAAGAAUCAUUAUAGAAAUUGAUGACAAAGUGGCCAAAAUAAAGAAUUUAAAGGUGGACAGCCGGUCAGAUGGCCCUGGAGGCUCAAGGGAGAAGGUUGUGGCAUUUGGCUUUGAUUACUGCUACUGGUCAGUCGACCCAGAGGACCCCCAGUAUGCAUCCCAGGAUGUGGUGUUCCAGGAUCUGGGGACAGAGGUGCUCUCGGGAGCUGCCAAAGGCUACAACAUCUGCCUCUUUGCUUAUGGGCAGACAGGCUCGGGAAAGACAUACACGAUGAUAGGCACCCCGGCCUCCUUGGGGUUAACACCACGGAUAUGUGAGGGCCUCUUCUCCAAGGAGGAUGACUAUUCCAACUCGCCUUCAUCCUGCAGGAUAAGAGUAAGUUUCCUAGAAAUCUAUAAUGAGAGGGUACGAGAUCUGCUGAAACAGUCUGAUCAGAAAAAGCCCUACACCCUGCGGGUCAGGGAACACCCAGAGACAGGCCCUUAUGUACAAGGCUUAUCUCAGCAUGUGGUUACCAACUCUAGGCAGAUAAUUGGUCUCUUGGAAGAAGGUGUAGCAAACAGAAUCACAGCAGCUACCCAUGUUCAUGAGGCCAGCAGCAGAUCCCACGCUAUCUUCACCAUCUACUAUACACAGGCUGUCCUGGAAAACAACCUCUCUUCUGAAAUUGCCAGCAAAAUCAACCUGGUGGAUCUGGCAGGCAGUGAAAGGGCAGACCCCAGCUAUUGUAAGGACCGGAUCACUGAAGGUGCUAGCAUCAACAAGUCCCUGGUGACUCUGGGCAUUGUCAUCUCCACCUUAGCACAAAACUCCCAGAUGUUCAUCAGUUACCAAAGCCCAAAUAGCACAUCCAGUGAGGGUGGAGACAAUGGGAGCCUCAGCUCUCCCUCGGUGGCUGGCAGUAUUGGUGGAGUCCCUCGAAAGCAAUCGUACAUCCCCUAUCGGGACUCGGUGCUGACCUGGCUGCUGAAAGAUAGUCUAGGAGGCAAUUCCAAGACCAUCAUGGUUGCCACUGUGUCUCCUGCAAACUCCAGUUACAGUGAGACAAUGAGCACGCUGAGAUAUGCAUCCAGUGCCAAAAACAUCAUAAACAAACCACGUGUGAAUGAGGAUGCAAAUGUAAAACUAAUCAGAGAACUUCGGGAAGAAAUUGAAAGGUUGAAAGGCAUGCUCCUGAGCUUUGAACUGGGGAACUUGAGUCCCUUCACGGAUGGAAGGAAUGGAAACCUGAAGGAGCUGGUUCUCCAUAAUGAGAUGAAGAGAGACCAGCUCUCCAAAGACUGGGCCCAGAAGUGGGAGGACUGGAAGGCGCUCAUGGAUCAGUGUAACGUGGACAUCAACAAGAAGAGAGCCGGGGUGACGAUUGAUUCCAACCUGCCACACCUGAUGGUCCUGGAUGACGAUGUGCUGAGCACUGGGGUUGUGCUGUAUCACCUCAGGGAAGGGACAACAAAAAUAGGAAGGAUUGACUCUGACCAAGAGCAGGAUAUAGUCCUUCAGGGUCAGUGGAUAGAGAGAGACCACUGUACCAUCACCAGUGCAUGUGGUGUGGUCACACUUCAGCCUGCCCUGGGAGCCCGCUGCAUUGUCAAUGGCCAAGAGGUUACUGAUUCUUGUCGCCUGACACAAGGAGCUAUUAUUAUUCUGGGGGAAACACAGAAAUUCCGUUUCAUUCACCCAGCAGAGGCUGCUGCACUAAGGCAGAGGAGAUUGCUAGGAGAGGUCUCUGCUGGGAACAGCAAUUGCUCUCUGGAGUGGUUGGAUUUGGAUGGUGAUGUUACGGCGCCCCGAGUGGGGAUUUCCUGUGCGCUUGAGGACGACAGCCCUUUCUGUGACAGGAGAGUGCAGGAUGUUGUUCCUGAAGCACACCACCAGAAGCAACUGGACCAAGCAGCGUCUCACAGAACACAGAUUCGCCUACAGAAACGCCUUGUCAGGGAUUUAAAGCAAGACAUCCUAGUUGGGCAGAUCAGAGCUGAGCAGGAACUGAAGUUUGACCAGGCCCUCAUCAACCAGCAGAUCAAAGACAACCAACAAUGGCUGCUCAGAGAGGAAAGCCUGUUGGCCAGCCUGCGGCAGCAGCAACGGCAGGACAGUGUCUUGGCUGAGACAGACUCUGAGAUCUUCCAUGAAGCUGAAUCUCAGACUGGGUCAGAGACUUCCUCAGCUUUGCUGGAUGGGGGUCGCAAGAGGCUGGUCCAGUUGCAGGUCCUCUGGAGGAAUGCCCUCUGGGCAGCAGAGCGUAAAGUCAGGCGCAAGAAAGUCAAGUUUCAGUUGGAAAGGAUCGUCAAAAAGCAGAAACUCCUGGAAGCCCAGAGAAAGCUUGAACAACUCGAAACCCUCUGCUGGGAAGACAAUCCGAGCCAGCCUGUGGAACUGGAUUCUGGUCUAGAUGCCACCUUUUCAGCCUUUCAAAAAAAGAGCGGAGUUUCCAGCAGCAGUUCCUUGGGGAACCAGAGACUCUGUGGCUUCUCUAUGUCACCCUCACAAAGCGUCCUGAAGUGUGAAAUUCCUGCCAAGUUAUCAGCUGAGACUGUUCACUGCAUAGCAGAGAAGCCUCAUUUGGAGGAAUGUCUCCUUCAAGCAUCUUCUGUUCCUAGAGGAAGUACAGUCCUGUCAAAUGAUUCUUGCCCCCCAAACCUGUGUCAGGUCUGUGAGGGGAGGAGAGCAUCUUCUGGGGAAGACACCUCAGCCCAAAGGACUAGUCCUACCGUGAGCCCCAAGAUUGCUUCUGCUACAGACAGGAAGAGUCAGAAAAUGGGCAGGAACAGUCAGCUGGUGCGGCUGCAUCGAAACCUGGUCUCUGUAAGCAGAUCAGCAGAACAGUUCAAAUCGAGGGAGAAGCUUGAUUCCCUCAUCCCCAGCCCCCAAAUAGGUAGGGAAAAGCCAUCCAGAAGCCAUGGUCCACCACAGUGGAGGUGGCGAAGAAAAGGGGAUCUCUUGACAAACUGGACCUCCCGAGGAAAUGGCAGCAUCUCCCCACACCCCCAGGGAACCAAGCGAUCAGUCAUACGUGGAAAGGUUCAAACGACUCGCCUGUGCCAGGCUGCCUGGGCCUUAGAACAGUGGCAGCCCAGUGUGGCAUCAUUAGCCAGAGCCUCAGAAUGGCCACGGGGGCGUCUUUUUGGUGUGAAAGACAGAGAGAAAAGGUGCCUUCGGAAACCUGUGAAGACAGAGGGUGAUGAAGGGACCUGGAGUGCCACUGUCCUGCAGGCCUCUUCCAGCUCUCUGGGAGCCUGGCCACAGGAAAAUGAGAAUGAUUUGUCAGACACUGACAGUACCUACUCUCUGGAUUCCCUUUCCUGUGCCUACACCAGGACCCUGAUCAAACCACAAAAACAGGAGGCCCCUGAGCCAAAGACAUGCUGCACAGAGCCUGAGAACUCAGAAAGUGAUGACAGCCAGAUGUCUCAGGAUUCACUGGUGGAAAAAAGGAACAGAAUACAGAGAAGGCUUUUGCCCUGCUCUCCUCGACCACAAGCCUCCGAGAGAAGUGAGGGUAGGCCAGUGGCCUCUCCUAAGGUCUCCCUGCCUCCCCCUGGCAGUGGACUGCCCUGGAAAAAGGUGAGGACAUUUUCUCUGGAUAGCCUAAACAAUGAGGAAGCCUUUAAGGAAGAAGCUAAGGAAGGGUCCCCUUCUCACUCAUCGGAUGAGAUGCCUGUGGAGGUCUUUUGGCAAAUGAAGAGCUCCCCAUCUCUCACAGCAUGUGAGGAGAAGGUACUUCAGCUCCAGGUCCCAGACCAAGGACCAGGAACAGCAGGGCCUGAUGUGCCCCUGCAGACAAGUGGUUCUUUUUAUCUGGCUCUCCAGCCCAAGACAGAAGGAGAUGACUGCAAAUCCCUCCAACAGAUACAGCACCUGAGAAACAACUCAUUGGCUUCUGUGGACUCUUGGUUCUCCUGUGAUUCAGGGAGCAAUCCCAAUGACUCCCAAGGAGUCAAUAUGUACUCACAGAUGAAUCUUGAUAUCCAGGAACCAGAGGUCCAAGACAUGGAGAAGCCCAAGGCCAUGGUUGAAGCAGAGGUUUUACAACAGCCUAUCCUUGAGAUAGCUACUGGGGUAUACAGUUUCAGUCACCUCCAAGGCCCAGCCCUGGUCCCCGGCAGCACCAGUGAAGUGAGCAUAGAACCUUCUUUGGAUGUUUCUUCAGAGGCUACACGGAGAUCCCAAGGACCUCACAAGCCUGGAUCAGAUGCGACUGUCUUACAGGAGUCAUUUCAUGGAGAGGGAAGAGGCCUCCCCAACCUGGCUGGGUAUUGCAGCCCUGUCCCUUCAGAUGGCACUCUCCCCUCCAGCAGGUCAGCUACAUCUUUGUUGUCUCACAAAGGCAGGACCCAUAGAAAGGGCAGGCCUGUUGUUGAAUAUCUAUGUGAAUUUUCUCACUCUUCCCUAGGGGCCACAGUGAAAAGCACAAAAGUUUCUAGUUCCUCUCAGAAGGACACAAGUUACCUGCCCUUUACAUCUGGCAAAAGAUGGGAUUCCUUCUUCCCUGUGUGUCCCGAGAUGCCUGGUGAUUUCAAUUUCAAUGAUCCCUCUUUCUCUUCGCCAUCCACGAGGUGUCUGAGAACAGAGCAAGAGCAAGAUGGUGGGAACUUUGAGUCAGAUGACCUCUCAACUUUCUUUAGAACUAUUGAAAAAGAUGCUCAUCAUAGCUGUUCCUCAACAGAUUUAGAAGCAGGAGAUUCAGGGAUAGAAAAUGCUUGGGUCUUUGCAGCAGAAAACAAGGUUUCAGCUUCUGUCACAGAGUUGCACCAAGCAUAUCAGGGCAGCUCGAAGCAGCCACAGCCUCUGGUCUGUAGGAGAGCAGGGUCAACAGUCUCCUUUGAUGAGAGCUUUUUCCUGAGGGACAUAUCCAACAGUAGCAGCCCCAUGAGUGCUAAGGAAGAUCGAGGUCCUCUAACCUGGGCCCAGCAAGAGGAGAAUCUGCCCAGCAAGCCAGUUCCAUUAAAGCUUGAUGGCAGUCUUUCCCAGCCAGUUAUAAAGGCAGAGCUCCUGCAGAGUGCUAAUGAAGAAAUUGACAGAGAAAGGAGUUUUUCUUUGGCCUUGCCUCCAGACUCUGAGCCAUUCCCACCCUGGGAUCCUUUCCCACCCCCUGAGCAGCUCCAUCCCUUGGAAACAUUUUAUGGGUUAGAAAGUAGAGAUGCUUUGACAGAAACGGCCUUGGAGAUCCCUGCAUGCCGAGAGUGGGGAGAGGAUGUGCCAUCCGUUAGCAGGGUAGAGGGUUUGAAUAACACCUUUCAGCUUCUCAGAAAUUUGGACAGUGACCUUCUGCUUUUAUUACAUACCCCGAAUCCCAAGAAUCCCUCAUCUCAGCAUGUUGUGGCAGAGAGAUCCUUCAGCCCAGGCACCAGGAAAGACCUGAGUAGAACUGGGGUCCCCAAAAGUAUGGAAAAGUACAACAAUCCCGUCUCUUUCUCUUCUGCUCAGAAUAGACUGUUACUGGAGAGCAUUAGCAUGGCAGCAUGUCAGUUAGGAAAACCAGCUAGGAUUUUAAAUAACAAACACCCACAGUCAUCACUGAAGAUAAAGGAAAAAGCUCCAGCUCAGCCCUCUUGGGGUGUUCCAUUUAAUGAUUCUGGGGCAAUGAUGCAUCUCCCAAUUAUCUCUAGCAUUGAAAGAGAUCAUGAACAUAGGCAGAGUGAAAAUGACAUCCGAGGAAAGCAAGCAGGCUACUUCCUAGGGAUCGAUGCAACUGAUUUUGAAGGGCAGAUCCAUUCUGGACCCAAUUCCAACUUCAUUUACAAAACAGAGAGCUCGAGCCAAACUCAACAUAGAGUCAAUAUGCAGGAGAAAGUUUUGGUUCCUAAAAAGCGCAGCUCGACAAGGCGCUCUAGGUGUACGAGUCCAAUGGUAAUGUUACAGGAUGAAACCUCGUCCCACCCAAGGGAAGGAACUGAACCUGUUUCUCUUGGAAUAGUUUUGCGUCCCAAGGAUUGCUCAGAAGGACUCAUGCCUUGUGGAGGAGACCACUGUCAUGGAAAAGACUGUGCUUCAAACCUUCUGCCAGCUGUGACCUCCAAGGAAGAAGGCCCAGUUACAAGCAAGGAAUCUGAGAGCUUAAUGGUGAUACCCAAUUCCCAAGGGGAAAUAUCUCAAAGAAGAAAUCAGACUUCCUCUCAGGGUAAAAUUGUUAAUCAUUCUGAAGAAAUGGCGAGGCUGAUUAAUAGUGUAUCACAGCUGGAAAGCAGCAUCAUGGAAAUAGAUUCUAGGCAAAAAUAUCCUCCUCAUGCCUUGUAUAUGGCAGAAGCCUAUAGGAGAGCUAUGUGCAGAGAUAGGAAGGACCAAGGAAUGACCCGUCUCGCUCUGAGUCCAAAUAACUUCAGAGAUAGCCUAUCUCACAGAGAUCAGCCCCAUUCUUCAAAGAAAGUACAGGAGGAGGAAGUAGUCCCUAAUAGCAUUGAAAUCAGAGGAAUCAAGGAGGUCAAUGGUUGUAUUCAGGAGAGUCAUCAGGCCCAGAAAAUCCCACCAAACCUUACCAGUCCCACUGAAUUCGUUGAAGAGAACAAGAUUGAAAGAGAACAUACUCUCUUACCUGUACCUAAACUGUUGGUCACAUGCCCUAGUGAUUAUUUGUUCCUAAGUUUUUCACAAAGAUGUACAGCUCAGAAUAACCCUGCUAAUGCUCCAGAAAGUCCAGAGACAGUGGAACCGUUGGUCAGAAUUGAGCCAUUGAGACCCGAGGAAGAAAGGUCUGAGGGAAGCUGCAAUGAGCAAUCUGCUUCAGAACUGAGCUCCCAGAAUCAUGCCACUGUGAAGAGAGGAAGUUUUCCAGAAUUGGAGCCCAAGGCCACUUUCCAGGAAAGUCGGGCUGUUGAAAACCUAACCAGUACCAUGAAAACAGCUAAGUGCAAAGAACCAACAGUCCAUGACAUAGAUCAAGAAACAAAUACCUUGUGGGGAAAGAGCUUGCAAACAGAAACCCAUCCAGCUCCAUUGGCUCAGGAGUUACCUGGUGUAAGCCAAAUCAUGCAUACAGGCAGAUAUCACACUCAGGAGACAGUGCAUCCAUUGCCAAGUCAAGAAGGCUACCCAGUGACUUCCACUCAAGAAGAAACAGGCAACAUCUUUUCCUCUGAUUCCCCAAAGCUCUCUGAAAAGUACUUCAGGUCAACGCUAAAGGCAGUGAGCCUUUCUUCCACCGACUCUGAGUCAGAGCUGGAGUUUCUGAGAAUGCAAGGCCCCACCCCCUCAGAAGGCAGAGUAGGACAGAAAAAAAUAUAUGGAGAAGCAAGAAACCACAGCUCUCUUAGAAGUAUUAGCUGCAAAAAUUCCUUUGUGGAACAAUCAGUUUGGCAGAGCUUUAGAUUGAGAACGGUGUCUGGCCUCUGUUAUCAGCCAGAUGGUGGUGGGAGCAGCCCUAGUGAGCCUUCAAGUGACACCUACUCUGAGGAAGAGAUGAAAGCAUCAGCUACCACUGUGCUCCUUGAACAGCAGGGAGAGGACACUGGAAUCGCCUCUAAAGAUAUGAACCUAGGAAGUGCAUCUCUCACUGAGGCGAGGGUGACCUUGUUAAGAAAUAUAAAAAGAGCCAGUUCACUUAACCAAUGCCUACUGGAGAAAAGGGCCAGUCAUUGGGCAGACAGUGAACUCCAAGAACCUCAGGCCCUAGAGAAGAAGCUGUGGAGGACAGACAAUUUUGCCAUGGAUCUCAGUACCACCAGUACCUCUUUGUCAGCAAAUCUUGAGGGAAAACUGGCUUCCUCAUUAGGGUUUUGGGGAGCCUCUGCCACUCCAUCCAUGUAUCCAGAAGCAAAUGUAGAGACCACAGUAGAGGACACUAGACUAUCAGAGGAGCAUGGGAAGUCUUCAAAGGACAAUACUGAUGAGCAGAUUAUCAUACCUAAACUGACCAGGGUCUCAUCAGGGCUUUAUGGGGCCUCUGCCACCCCAUCCAUGUAUCUAGAAGCAAAUGUAGAGAGUACAGUGGAGGACACUAGACUGUCACAGGAGCAUGGGAAGUCUUCAAAGGACAGCACCAGUGAGCAGAUUAUGGUACCUUACAGUGAAACUCAACUAGAUUCUGAGGCCUUUUCUGGGACUCCUAAGCAGCCUCACUACAACCAAAGAGAUCAUAUGGAGUUAGCUAGGACCCAGGAUGAAGAUGAGUCACACGUAUGUUUUGUGAAAAAUAAAGCCACACGAGGGCACAUCCAGGAGGCAUCUCCAGGUACUGUAUCAACAAAGUGCCCUGAUAAGAGUAACCCUCUGGCAGAGCUGUUUGUGGCAGAUCGUCUCCAGUUAAUGAAAGAUGUUACUGCCCCUAGCAGAGAACCAGAGUAUGCCUCAUUGCUGUCCUUCAGCACUAUAGCUAACCCAGACGUUUGCAAAUCAAGUAAUAGGCAAACAGCAGGCGAGACACUGACAGGGCACAUUGAGCCCCAAGCCCUUUCUGAAAGCCCAGAGAGGAAAGAAGAGGUUAUCAGGUCACCUUCUGCUGAUUGCCUUCUGGCUUCAGGAAACCUGCAUUUCCCAUCAGCCUUGAAGGAGAACAAGAGGGACAAGACACCACAGCAGCAGCUGUUUGCACCUUCUCUCCAUGCUAUCUCUGACAGCGUUACAAUAAUUCGGCAGGAUCUGAGCCAGGCCUGGUUAUCUAAACAGACACAUUCAGAGGUGGAGAGAACUAGCUUAGGGAGCAAGGAGAGUAUCCAGAGGGCUUGGGAAGGGUUCAGAUCCCAAAGUACAGCUUAUGAAAGCUCUUGUGGUAGGGACUCUGGCAACUCUUCAGAGGCAGUGGUUGACCUACAAACCCAUUGGGGGACUUCCAUUCAAUCUCCCUGGAAAGAUGCCCCUCUUUAUGCAGGAUCUGAGAUAUCAGCAGCUGAAAUGUCUCCUGCGAUGGCAAAUUCUGCCACCCUGUGGCCUGAUUUUAGGUCCCAAGGAAGCUUUCACAAUAGAAAGCAGUCAGUCUCAUGUGAAGCAGAGAUAGUUGAGGCUGAAGAACCACCAUACUUUGACAGUCCAUUGGUAGCCUUGGACAUCAAACAGUCAGAAAGUCUUCCUGGUCAUCCAAGAUAUGUCCGUUCUCCAGGAUCAGGAGAAAGGAAGGCAAGUCACAAACAAGACAUGAUAGUCUCUGGAACAGUGGAGGGAGGCAGUACAGGAGGUGCCUUGCCACAGUGCCCAAAGUUGAAAGGGGUUACCGUGUCUGGGCAGUCUGUAGACUAUGGCAUUGACAGCAAACUUCCAAGACCAACUUCCCUCCUUGAUCAGAAUCUUACCCCAGCAUUUGUUGGGGAGAUGGAGAACUGCCCAGAAGGAAGCAUGGUUCCAAUCAACCUAGAGACUUCUAAAAGCAGCGUUAUAUUUAGUCCAUCAGUGUCCCAGGAAGAGGUAGUGACUUCUUCCAGACCACUGUGCACGUCUCAACAGGAUGCUGCUUGGAUCAAUUCGCCUUCUUUUACCAAUACUCUGUCUUGUGGAAAUAGCGAUUCUGAGAAGCGAAUUCCCCGGUCUGCCUCAGACACUAUGCUUCCAGUUUUCCUGGUGUCUUCCAAGCUCAAUGUAGGUUGCCAAUCCAGAGGGCCCAACGUACCUUUGACACAUAAUCCAGAUGUUGGAGAAGACCAGCAAGAAUUGAGAUUGGCAGCUUCCAACACUGGUUUAUUCAGUAUGGAGAACGCUGAGAGAGGAGACAUUAAGAAGAAAGUCACUUUCAAGUCUGAAAUGGCUUCUUUACCUGCCAGGACCUAUUCUGAGGAUCUCCAGAAGAACAAAGCUAGUCAGAAUGAAUGGGAAUUCUCUCCUGUGACUGAGUCAGGGAACUGUGUAGCAGCUGGGAGCCUGGAAGCAAUACAUGGAAGUGAAGGCAUUCUUGAGAAUGAGCCUAUAGUAGACUCUCCACACCUUGCCCAAGGACCACAAUUUCCCAAGGAUCUCAGAGAUCACAGCAUCCCUAUUCCCCACCCGAGGACAAAAGCAGGUAAAAAGUGUAUCUUCAGCAACCCUCCAAGCAGUCUGUGGAAGAAGGAUGAGAAGGAGCAGCUCUCAAGCAAUGUGGGCAGUACAGUGUGGGACAGAUACCACCACCAUUCAGGAACCAGUGGUCAAGCCAGCCUCGAGGAGUCUGGAGAUAGCCUGACAAUUGAUGGAAAGGUAUCAAGACCUGAAAGACUUGGGUUUCUUUGGAAGAGAAACGAUGGCCCUUUUGUUCCUCAGGGACCUUUGCCACUUCCAGAGGGCUCACAGGAGGGUCUGGACACUGACUCUCACUCUGAGAGAAACUCGGCCCCCUGUGUUGAUUUUUCCUUUAGCCCUGAGCAUUCUCUGAAAGAUUUCUCCACCCUUAAGCUCUCUGUAGGGACUUCCACUAGGUCUCUACAAGAGCUGAACAUGAGUGUGGAGCCUCCUUCUCCCACAGAAGAUGAGGAGAGUCGUGGGACCGAGAGGCUAUUCCUCAGUGACUUCUCCCCAGAUGAAUCUGAAAUGAUGAUGCUGAUAGAACUGGGGAAAGUUCCAAAAUCUGCAGGUUGUGAUCAGACAGCUUCAUCAAAUUAUAACUCAGAAGCUGCUGGUCCGCAGCCCCCUGGCACUGCUCCCUACCAGACCUCUUCCACUCUCUUGGCUCUGUCAGUCCCAGAAGGUAGGGCAUCAGACAGCCUGGUGGAGGAGCAGAAUGGCCAUCCCAGGAGCAAAGGCUGGUUGGCACCAGAGAACACGGAUGUGAUGCAUUUCAUGUCUAGUGAUAGAAAUCCCUUCUUUCAAUCCUGGCAGCAGCAGGGGCCCAGGAGGAUUGACUGGAAGGAAUAUGUGUUUGGCAGUGCUAAUGACACCUCCUACAGCCAGAUUUCAUGGAGUCUGGACACACAGAGAGCUGUUUGUUGCUCCAGUGUAGACAAUGACCUGGACACUCUGAGCUCCCCAUUCCAUUCUCAACUCAGUUCAUAUGCCAACACCCAUGGGGUGCCAAGCACUCUCAGUAGCACUGAGGAACCUCUGGGCUUAGAAGAAGAAAGGAAGGUGUACAAGGCUUCUUGUGUUUUCAGGAACCACCAUGAUUUAUCUGAUACAUCCACAACAGCACCCUCAGCCAGGACCCCAGACAAGGUGAGUGACGGCUUGCCUGAGGACAGCAAAGUGCCUCAGGAUGAGAGUGCUCUGACAGAGCGGGAGGUUGUCUCAGGACAGAUAGAUGGCAUUGGGCCGCUGUACCCCACCAAAUCUGAGUCCUGGCCAAAGGCCGGUGUAGCCACCUGUGAGCAGGGGACAACGACCCUGGCUCUGGCUCAGCCACAGCAUGUUCCCAUACAUUGUCAGGGCUGCAUAGAUGUCACUCACCCAAAUCCAGAGGCUGCCGUCUUCCGGUCACAUCCACCCCGGGCAUCAUGGACCAACAUGCAGAAUUUAUCAAUGCACCUUUCGCAGCUCCUUCACAACACAUCGGAGCUGCUGGGGAACCUCUCCCAUCAGGGGACGGGUGACAGAGAGCGGAGCGUUAAGGCUGAGGCCCCUGAAGAGGCCCCUAGGGUGGUGACGGUGGACAACAGCACUCAGACCACUGUGGAUGUGGGCAUCCAGACUGAUGAGGCAGACCCAGCCCUACAGGAUGUUUCCCUCCAUUCUCCUGGAGAGAGCAAGUUAGCCAGUCCUCAGGAAGCACAUGUGACCACCCUAAAACAUGGAUCCCUGGAUGGGAUGGAUGCCUGGGAUACUCUUCAGAAGGUGGAUCACCUUCCCGUGCUUAUGGAGAAAGUGGACCCUGCCCUGGUGUUUCAGGAGAAGGGGCCUGGAGGCAUAGCUGAAAAGAAGGCGACUUCUUCCAGCCCCAGUAACCAGAGGCACUACCUCAUUCCACAGAACUCCCCGGCUACAUCCCACCGUAGCCUUAGUUUUCUGAGACACUCCCUAGCACAGGACCUGUUAAGCCUCCAAACUUCUUCUGCUCUCUCUCCAACCCUGAGUUCCCAGAUGGAUGGAUCCUCCUGCACAGUGGUCACUAGCCCAACUUUGUGCAGCAUGUCCUCUGCCAGGGGCUCGUCUCUUCAGGAGGGAGGGUCCACUUGUGAACCUGGGAACCAGAAGAACAAGAAAGCAGGCUUCAGGGGCACCUUGUUGGUGGACAGGGCUUCCUCCCCUAUCCUCACUCUCAGUGCCAGCACUCAAGGUCCCCAUUCCUCCUCCUCCUCCAACCCUACUUGCCCCAGAGCUUCUUGCUCUCAUUCUACCAUACACCAUCAGAAGCCCGAAGCUGCCCAGGGGGCCCCAUUGAACAAUUCUUCCCAAACCUGCAAUGAAGGAGAGAUCAAGAAUGUUUCUGGAGAUAGUGGGAAAUCCACAGGAAAGAAGCUGAGCAAAGGAUCUCCCACAUCUAAUCUCUCUGGGACCUUGAAGCAGAGCCUGUGGCUUCAAGGAAGCUCCUCUGCCAAGUCCACAGGACCCUUGAAUCACCCACCACAGCUGCAGGUGCGUGCCUCCUUGGGGCUUCUGGGCUGGGAAGAACAGCUGGCUGGUGGAAAGGAAAAGCACAGCUCCUGGGAGAGGCCUUUGUGUCUGUCCCUGCCCACGACAGGAUUGAGCCCCACUGAGGACCUGUCCGAAGCCUCAAACACCAGUAACUUUGUGGCGGAGGUGACUUUAGAGGCAGCCAACCCUGUCCUGGUUCGUCUAGCCAGCCAGAGCACAAGUUGGUGUCAGAAGAAGACAGGCACUGGUGCUGAUGCCUCAGAACAGCCCUCGAAGACCCCUCCCCCAUCAGAGAGCCCCUCCUGGGGGGGAGUUCUCAACCAUUACCAUGCCCCUUUCUCCAUCUCCGAAGUCAGUGUGGCUCCAGGAGUUAGUAGUAUAGUCAGGGACACCCAGUCGGAGGUCCUGCUGAGGUCCUGCACCCAGAAAGUCCAGGCUUCUGAACCCAGGCAUUAUAGCCUGAGGGACCUUCCUGUCCAUAACAAGUUCAGCAACUGGUGCGGGGUUCAAGGGAGCUCCCCAGAGGGUGCUGUCCCUGUGGAAGAAGCCACAAAUGUUGACAGCACUUACUCCGAAGUGAUGGAGAAGCCAGCUGAGCCCCAUGAGCACCUGAGCCCAGUGCCUGAGCAGCUUCAGAGGGAACAGGUACAGGUGCUGGCUGGAGUCCCGUUAGAGCUGGGGCCGCAAACCCCACCCCUCAGUGUGGAGCUGGCUGAAGCCAAGCUUCUCUAUGGCCUUGGAGAGACCGAUGCUCUGCUCAGGGUGAUGCAGAGUGGGACUGGAGAGGCUCUGGUCCCUGACACCCCAACGAGCCCACAGCACAAGGAAAUGUACUUUCGGCACUUGAAGACCAUUGAGGUGAUCCGGAGAGAGCGGUCAGAUCGAUUUCAGAACUUCCGUCGGGCUCGUAGCCUCAGCCCUAUGAAGCAGCUCAGCCUCCUGCCCGCCCCAGAAGGGCUCGUCCGGGAUCCUGACCUGCCCAGCCGUCGGCGAGAGUACCUGCAGCAGCUUCGAAAAGAUGUCGUGGAGACUACUAGGAACCUGGAACCUGUGUCAGAUGCCGGAGGUCACCAGUCCUCUGACAUAGAGGUGUUGCUCCGAGACUACCAGCGGGCCAGGGAGGAGACCAAGAUGGAGAUUGCUCGAGCACGAGACCGGCUGCGGGAGCGCGCCGAGCAGGAGAAGCAACGCAUCCGUCAACAGAUAGUCUCCCAACUACAGCGGGAAGAAGCAAAACUUCAGACCCUGGUCAGUGUGAGCACCCUGUGCACCACGAGCUCCAUGGACAGCCUCUCCUCCUGCCCUACCUCUGGUUAUGAUAGCAACCUAACCUUAGCAAGCCAGACCCAGCCUCCAGAGAAGCAGGGGAAUGCUAACUUAUCUUGCUUCAAAGACACCACUGGAGGGGAUGUACGGGGCCGCUCUGUGGUGAGAAACCAUCAGCUCUACCUGACGGGGUCUGCACAGAAGAACUUAGGUCACAAGCCAGCAGGUGAAAGCCACCGAGUCUCCUGUGAUGGACCCCAGAAGUCCCUAAUGGAACAGUCAAACUCAGACAGCUGCCUUUCUACCUCCCCAUGCACCCUCUACCAUGAUCUGGUCAAGCAUAUCCUGGCCAGCACGAUGGCUGAAGUAAUGGCUGCUUGUUCCAACAACCUGCAAAAUCUCUUCAGCUGCCAGGCCACUGCAGGCUGGAAGUACCAGAGUGAAGAAAAGGAUGUGCUGAUGUACUAUAAGGGAUUUCCCUCUGCUACUCGGCAUGGUUUUUUGGGGGCUGGGGUGGUGCCUCAGCCACUACCUCGAGUCUGGGCAGCUGUGAGGGAUCCUACCAUGUGGCCACUGUAUAACAAGUCCAUCCAGACUGCCCAGUUGUACCAGAAGGUGACCAGCUCCAUCAAAUUGGUGUACCUGGUCAGCAAUACCUCAAUGAGCUGUCUAAAGCAACCCCGGGAUUUCUGCUGUGUCAGCUCUGAGGCCAAAGAGGGGCAGCUGACCAUUAUGGUAGCUCAGUCAGUGUAUGACAAGUCAAUGCCACGGCCCAGAAAAAACAUGAUCCGUGGGGAGAUCUUGCCCAGUGCCUGGGUCCUGCAGCCUCACACUGUGGAUGGGAAGGAGGUUACUAAAGUCAUUCAUAUGGUCCAGGUGGAACUGGGGGCUCCAGGCCUCCCCCCUGUGCUGCUGACUCACUGUGCCAAGCAACAGACAUUGGUAAUAGCAAACCUGGCUUCCUUUCUCUGUGGUUAAUACCAGAUUCACAGAGAUGGUUCUACUGAGAGAGAGGCCCAGAAGGUGGCCAUGGAAACACCCAGUAGCAGAUUUAUGGCAGAGCUUACUGCAACAUGGAGAGAUGAAUGAGGAACAGCCAUGGUGGGAUGGGAUGGUCAGCGGCUCAGUCCAGAGUUGUUGGCAAAUAAACACAUUGCCACAUGUGGCCCCACUGCAGAAUGAGGGGGCCUGAACCUCUUGGCCCUGGCUGUGCAGUGAGGGGGCCACAUUUUCCAGACCUAGUUACCUCUGCUUCAGUGGCCCAAUCAUAUUCGGAGCCUCAUAACUAGUCCUGUCCCUCUCUGCCCCCUUUCCUCCUUGUACCCCACUCCCAAAGUUGCUCUUGGUUUUUUUUGUGGGGGGGCCCAUAGAGCCCAUGGAUCAGGGUUGGGCCUCAUUAAACUGAGUUGGGAGAACUCAUUGAAAGGGUGGAGAAGGGUGGGCUUUUCCUAGCGAGGUGGCAAACUUAGUGACCACAUAAGCUUGUAUUUGUGCGGCUUGGCAAAGCAGGUAUUGGCAUCCAAGGCCCUGCUUUCAAUCUGCCUCCUAUAUUGAAGAGGGAAGGACUGUGGUAGGGAUGGGGGUGAGGCCCCUGAGAAACUAGAUGGAAUGAGAAGGGCUUUGAAGAACAGACAUGUCCUCACCAGGAAGGCAGUUUAGAAUCCUUUCCUCCAGUCUUAGACAUUCACAAAUUUAUGCUAAUUUUGUUCUUUAAUGUCUUCUCAAUCUUCUUUCUCUCCCUUUUCUUCAUAGGAGAUGAGAGUGGCUUGUUUCCAAGGCUCUCUCUUGUCUGUUCACUUUGGGUAUUGGGAUCAGUGGAAGGGGAAAGGACUUCUCUUUGUCCCAAGCAGGAAAAAAACAGCCAGCCUUGACAACCUUCUGGUUUCCUGUCACCAACAUCCCUCAAAUUGAUGCUCAUCCUGCUUUAAGGCAAUGAGCUUUUAUUAAGAAUCAGCAUGGGCCCUCAAGCAGACAGAGUGAGGGAGGCUUGACCAGGAAACAGGGAGAUGUGAAAGGUGAUGGAGAGGCUUCAUCUCACCUCCUCCCCGUUGCCCCAAAUUCAGCUUAGUCUGGCUCCACCUACUUUCCAGGGCCAAGUUGAAGGGGAAUGGAAGAGCAGCCCUUAGCUGGUCUCCCUUUUCCUGCGUGGCUACCUCCCAUUUUAUCAGAAGGGUCAAAGUAGGUAGGCCAUUCCCUCAUUCAGUACUGAAUAGCUCUUAGCAAAUUAUACUGGGACUAGCCAAAGUGGAGACAAGUGUGGGUAAAGGGCAAGUUCUGUAUAAUAUGGCAAAAUUUUAUUUUUUUAAGGCUUUUACAGGCCCCCUUGCCUCACCUCCGUAUUUUCACCUCCUCUUCUGUACUAUAGUUCCAGGUUAAGUUAUUUGUAUUAUUGAUUGCAGGUUUUUUUUUUAAAAAGCUGUUUUUAAACUUUAUUUUUUAAGCAGUACAAUCAACAGUUGAUAUUAAAAUUCUUAUUUAUGUACCACUCCAUCCCCCAUCCCUUUUCAAGUAUGUUACUGCUAGACUAAUGGCCAUAUAUGGUCAGAAGCAUUAGAAAUAUGGGAGUUCUGUGUAUGUUUAGAUUAUGAAGGCUAACCCUAUGUUAUAUAUAGACCAGGGGUCACGUGACCUGCAAGCUAAGAAUGGUUUUACCUUCUAUUAAAAUUUACGGGUGGUGGGUUAGGUUUGGCCCAUGGACCUGUUUACUGACUGUAGUUCAGGUAGUGGUGCCAAACUGUUGGCAUUCCCCAUGAAGGUCAUUCAGCUCAAUCCAACAAGGAUGUACUGAGAGCCUCUUGUGCAGUGCUUGCGCUGGUCAGGGAGGAAUAGAUGACUUACUUCAGGUGACAAGGGAGUUUAUAAUGUCACAAGUGAAUGGAUGGAUCAGUGCCAAUCUGCUUUCACAACUGGCAGCAGUUUUUAAAAUGCAAUAAUGAAAUUCAAAAUUUAAAUUCACUGACCAGGUUGAAGGAAUAAAAGAUGACAGUAAUUGUGUGAAGCAGAGCCUAUCAGAACUCUUGUCCCUGU